AUGUCCACCGAGGUGCGAUAUGCUCCACCAUGGCAAGACUUGAGCAUCAUUGGCGUCGCUGGUAGCUCUGGCUCCGGGAAGACUUCGGUGGCGAUGGAGAUUGUCAAGUCUUUGAACUUGCCCUGGGUGGUGAUACUUGUAAUGGACUCGUUUUACAAGACCUUAACGUCCGAGCAACACCACAAGGCCCAUGCAAACGAGUAUGACUUUGAUUGCCCAGGAUCGAUUGAUUUCGAUCUUCUAGUGGAGACCCUCAGAGAUCUAAAGAAAGGAAAGAAAGCCAACAUUCCAGUUUACUCAUUUGCCGAUCACCAGCGGCAAUCCCAUACGACUACUUUGUAUUCCCCUCGUGUGAUCAUUCUAGAGGGUAUCCUAGCGCUUCAUGACCCUAGAAUAGUGGAGAUGCUGGACGUGAAGAUCUUUGUUGAAGCAGAUAUGGAUGUGUGCUUAGGUCGUAGGAUACUACGUGACGUCCGCGAGCGUGGGCGCGACAUUGAUGGAAUCAUCAAACAGUGGUUUGAUUUCGUGAAGCCAUCUUAUACCAAAUUUGUGGAACCUCAGCGCCCUAUAUCGGACAUCAUCAUCCCGCGUGGCAUUGAGAACAGAACUGCUAUCGACAUGGUCGUCAAACACAUUCAACGCAAAUUACAGGAGAAAUCCGACAAGCACAGCGAAGAGCUUCACAAACUAGGUCUGAUUGCAGCGAAAGUAGACCUGCCUCCAAAUGUGCAUGUGCUGCCCUCGACGCCGCAAUUUGUUGGCAUGAACACUAUUCUGCAGAAUCCGAAAACUGGGCAAGAGGAUUUUGUCUUCUACUUCGAUCGACUGGCCUCGAUCUUGAUUGAGAAAUCCCUGGAUAUGACAUCGUACAUCUCCACGACUGUCGAGACCCCACAAGCGAACACAUACCUUGGUCUGCAUCCUAAGGGUAUUGUAUCAGCCGUGGCUAUCCUACGUGGAGGAUCAUGCAUGGAGACCGCAUUGAAGCGAUCUAUCCCUGACUGUAUCACUGGUCGUGUUCUCAUCCAAACGAAUAAGAGCAACGAGGAGCCGGAGUUACAUUACUUGAAACUUCCAUCCCAUAUUGAGGAGCAUGCAACAGUCAUUCUUAUGGACUCUCAGAUAUCAAGCGGGGGCGCUGCACUUAUGGCUGUUCGCGUUUUGAUUGAUCAUGGGGUCGAACAAUCGAGCAUCGUUUUCGUAACCUGCGCUGCAGGUGAACGAGGACUCAAGAGACUGACUGCCGUGUACCCGAAGAUCAAUGUGAUCGUCGGGCGCAUUGAGGAAGAGGGAGAACCGCGCUGGAUAGAGAAGCGGUACUUCGGGUGUUAA